UCAUUCGAAUAAUAUUCUCGGUGCAGUGCGUUGUGAAUCAAUAACGUCGCGUGGUGUUAUUUUAUUUUUUUCGACAAAUACGCGAAAAUUAGCAUUCCCGCGUUGUCGUAGUGCCUGAAGCAUAUUAUUAAUACAAGAGUAUAUCUUAAUCUUUGAUUUUGUUUUGAAAACAAUUUAAUAAAAAAUGGCGGUUACAAGUGACGCGCUACAUAGUACGAGGAUGGCGUCUUACGUAUCGUCUAGCGUUUAUCACGGUUAUGUCCCUAUUUUGUCAAAAGAAAAUAUGUUGAAUCGUAAAAACGAGUGCAAUAGUAACACCAGUGUACCUAGUACCACGAGUAACCAUAAUGGUUCAGCUAUGGAAACGGAUGAGGGAUAUGACUAUUCUGCGGCGUCAUGCCGUCUGAAUAACGAUUACGUGAUUCCAGAGGCGUCGUCGAGGAGGCUGCACGAGGUUAACAAUAAACAGCAAUCCUACUGUUUAUUUACAACGGAUCAACAACAGGCGGUCCAUGGCGCCGACGCGAUGCGAAGUAGGAACCGGAAACGGUUCUAUAACAAUAGCGGUUCAACGAUAGAAAUUAAAAGAUUCUGCCCAGGCAGCUGCGUUUGCUAUGGUACAGGGAGUGCAAAGGACUAUGGAUUGACCACGAUGCAUUCUGAGUCAACAUCAUUAUGCUUAAAUUCCAUCAACGAUAAAACCUUGGAUCAUUCCUCGGUUAUAACUGAAAGCUGCUGCGGGGCAGCAGGUAAUCAUAGUUUAAUAUAUAAUCCAGAUUAUAGACAAUUAUCAUCAAGCAAUGGUACUGAGUCUAGUGAUAGCAGUGUGGAACUUGGGGAAUUAUUGUUCGAGACUCAUGGAUGCUCUAUAUAUCAUCAUUACAGACAACAACAAUUUGCAAAACAUGAUAUUGAAACAGAAUUUUAAUUAGGUUCUUUAUCAUAAACUUUUUUCCAUAUCUUUCACAUUACAUUUGUAUUGAAGACCAUAUUUCUUUGUUACAUACUUAUACCCCUCCCCAAUGUGUCACUGCUCUGUUUGUGUGCAAUAAAAUAAAAAUUUACUUUUUGAUACAUAAAA